AUGACUCAAGAAUCUAUUAAAGUUUGCGUUUUUUGCGGAUCUUCAUUUGGAAACAAACCAGUAUAUGCUGAAGAAGCCAGUAAAUUUGGUAAGGCAUUAGCUGAUAAGAAAUGGGGGUUAGUUUAUGGUGGUGGGUCCACCGGAUUAAUGGGAGCCGUGGCCAGUGGAUGUGCCACUAAUGGUGGAUAUGUUCAUGGAAUUAUUCCUGAAGCAUUAAUCAGUAGAGAAAGAACAACUGAUGAAGAAGCAUUCAAUGCUAAAUUGAAAUCAUCAAUUGAUAAUCAUGAUGGAUCAACUCCAAUUCCAGAUUCUAAACAAUAUGGAAAGACAACAUUAGUUAAAGAUAUGCAUACUCGUAAAAGAUUAAUGGCUCAAGAAGCUAAUGCGUUUGUGGCAUUACCUGGUGGGAUUGGACUGAUUGAUGAAUUGGCAGAAAUAACUACUUGGUGUCAAUUAAAUAUUCAUGGUAAACCAAUUGUUGUUUAUAAUGUUGAUGGUUAUUAUGAUAAUUUUUUUAAAAUGAUUCAAGGAUUUGUUGAAUGUGGAUUUUUAAGUGAAAAAAAUGGUCAAAUUAUUAAAGUUGCUAAUUCAGUGGAAGAAGUUCUUCAAAUUAUUGAAAAUUAUGAAAUCCCAGAAGGAAGAUUCAAUUUGAAAUGGGAAACUACUUAG